AUGUCUCCUGAAGAAACUAUAGAAGGUUUUAAAAAGAUAGGCUUAAGUGAACAAAAGGCAAAGGAAACUCUAAAAAAUGCUAAUGUUACAAAGUUUCUGCUUCAGAUCCUAAGUGAGGUCGACGUCCAAAAAUUACAACCCGGUGUAGGUUUACUUUUGUACCAUCUGGCUACGAAAAUUAAGCCGCAAUCUGUUGGCAAACUCCCAUUUAUUUGCAAGUACAUAGCGGACGGAAGAUUAGAUUCUACACUGAGAAUAGAUGCUGCUUUGGAAUAUGUCCUUAGUCAUCUCAAUGAGGAAAAUGUUAGCAUUAAAGAGUUUGAGGAAGCCUGUGGUGUUGGAAUUGUGGUAACACCAGAGCAGGUAGAACUGGCUGUUGAAAAGCAUAUGGCAAAGUACAAAAGCGAAUUACUUGAGAAAAGGUACAGAUUUAACUCUGGAGUAGUUAUGCAAGCUGUCAGAUCCGAUUUAAAGUGGGCUGACGGUAAAGCAAUAAAAAACGAAGUUGAUGUUCAGAUUCUAGAUCUCUUGGGUCCAAAAACUGAGGCUGACUUGGCUCCUAUACCAAAAGCAGAGAAGAAAGCUAAAACCUCUAGUGAAAUUAGCAAAAAGUCUAAAAAGGAAGAUAACAAAGGAGCUGCAAGUGUUGUAGAUUCAAGUGAAGAAGCAGUUUCAAUAUCUGAGCUCAUGAAAAAGUUACCGUUUCAUGUCCCUGGUGAAAACUUUAAGUCAGAUGGAUAUAUUGUUACACCAAGCACUAAAAAACUUUUAGAAGACCAUCUUAAAAUAACUGGUGGAAAAGUUCGUACAAGAUUCCCACCAGAACCUAAUGGUAUUUUACAUAUUGGUCACGCUAAAGCUAUAAAUAUUAACUUUGGCUAUGCUGCAGCCCAUGACGGUAUAUGUUUUCUUAGAUAUGAUGAUACAAAUCCUGAGAAAGAAGAGGAGAAAUUCUUUAUUGGCAUUAAGGAUAUGGUUGAAUGGCUUGGAUACACACCUUACAAAAUAACCCAUUCAUCUGAUUAUUUUGACCAACUGUAUGAAUGGGCAGUAAAAUUGAUAAAGAAGGAAUUGGCCUACGUGUGUCAUCAGAAAGCUGAGGAGAUUAAAGGAUACAACCCACCCCCAUCUCCGUGGAGGAACAGGCCUGUCGAAGAAAGUUUGCAUCUCUUUGAGGAUAUGAAAAAUGGGAAAAUAGAUGAAGGAGAAGCAACACUGAGAAUGAAAAUAACCCUAGAAGAAGGCAAACAAGAUCCAGUGGCUUAUAGAAUUAAAUUCAAGCCGCAUCAUCGUACAGGAAGCAAAUGGUGCAUUUACCCCACUUAUGAUUAUACACACUGUUUGUGUGAUAGUAUAGAGCACAUCACACAUUCUCUGUGUACAAAGGAGUUCCAGUCUAGAAGGUCCUCCUAUUAUUGGCUAUGUAAUGCGUUAGACAUCUAUUGCCCUGUCCAGUGGGAGUAUGGGCGGCUUAAUGUCAAUUAUACUGUGGUAUCUAAGAGGAAAAUCGCCAAGUUGAUUGAUGAAGGAAUUGUCAAUGACUGGGACGACCCGCGACUGUUCACAUUGACCGCGUUACGAAGACGUGGAGUUCCUUCUGUAGCUGUGAAUGCAUUCUGCGCAGCGCUGGGAGUUACAGGAGCUGUUGGCGCAGUUGAUCCUGCACUCCUUGAUGCUUCCGUGAGGGACCACCUCAAUCUAACAGCGCCCAGAGUUAUGGUGGUACUAGACCCGUUGAAGAUCACCAUCACCAACUUCCCAAGUGAUGAAGUCAUAUCAGUCACUGUUCCUGACUUCCCUAAUGAUCCCGAUAAGAGUUCACACAAAGUUGUAUUGGAUAGGACACUGUACAUUGAAGCUAGUGAUUUUAAGGAACAACCUGAAAAGGGGUACCGUCGCCUCACGCUGACACAGUCAGUAGGACUAAGGCAUGCAGGGUAUAUUAUCAAGGUAUCGAAAGUUAACAAAGAUAGCAGUGGUAAAGUGGUUGAAUUGGAAUGCACUGCUGAGUCAACAGAAAAUGCGGAGAAGCCGAAAGCGUUUAUACAUUGGGUCUCUCAGCCCAUUGGGGUGGAAGUUCGACUUUAUGAACCUCUGUUCAAACACAAAAACCCCGAAGAUCCAGCGGAAGUGCCCGGUGGGUUCCUGUCGGAUUGCCGCAGUGACACGUUAACUAUUUCACGCGCAUACGCAGACUCGUCUAUCAAAGGCGCUAAAGUGUACGAUAAAUUCCAAUUCGAAAGGAUUGGCUUCUUUUCCGUUGAUCCAGAUACAGACUCAUCUAACAUCGUAUUCAAUAGAACCGUAUCACUGAAAGAAGAUAGCGGAAAGUAG